UGUAUCACAGUUAGUGCAGCUGUAGUAUUUACAGCCCCACUGUCCUUCCCACAAGAAUGCAGUUAUUGUCAUUUACAUUAUUUCCCAAGAGGUUGCUUUAUAGCAACAACUCCGUUUAUGUAAUCCUGCAGUGACUGCCUCUGUUGUAGUAUUUUGCAUUAGUGUCGCGCAGCGAGCAGAGGAAAGAGUGCGCGCUCCGAUCACGCGAGUACGAUGGAGGGCUCGUCGGGGGAAGGUGACCUGUUUACCGUCAAACACGAGCUCAGAAACGCCAAUCUGACGGGUCACGCGGAGCGAGUGGGCAUUGAGAACUUUGAGCUGCUGAAAGUGCUGGGAACAGGAGCCUACGGCAAGGUGUUCUUGGUUCGCAAGGUGAGCGGCCAUGAUUCAGGUAAACUCUAUGCCAUGAAGGUGCUGAAAAAGGCCACUAUUGUGCAGAAGGCGAAGACGGCAGAGCACACACGCACGGAGAGACAGGUCCUCGAGCAUAUCAGACAGUCUCCUUUCCUGGUUACACUCCAUUAUGCCUUCCAGACAGACACCAAACUGCAUCUCAUUCUAGACUAUGUGAACGGAGGUGAGCUCUUCACGCAUUUGGUUCAAAGAGUUCGCUUUAAAGAGCAAGAGGUUACCUUGUACAGCGGGGAGAUUGUACUAGCACUGGAGCACUUGCAUAAGCUGGGAAUCGUCUACAGAGACCUAAAACUUGAGAAUAUACUUCUUGAUUCAAGCGGUCACAUCGUGUUGACGGAUUUUGGUCUUAGUAAGGAAUUUCAUGAGGUAGAGAGAGCUUAUUCCAUCUGUGGCACUAUUGAAUACAUGGCCCCUGAGAUUGUAGCAGGAGGAGAGUCGGGACAUGACAAGGCGGUGGACUGGUGGAGCAUGGGAGUUCUGAUGUAUGAGCUGUUGACCGGAGGCUCUCCUUUCACAGUCGAUGGCGAUGAGAACUCUCAUUCUGACAUUGCCGAGAGAAUUAUGAAAAAGGAUCCUCCAUUCCCCAAAGACUUGGGGCCUCUGGCCAAAGACAUUAUCCAGCGAUUACUAAAUAAAGACCCAAAGAAGCGGCUGGGCUCGGGGCCCUCAGGGGCCCAGAAUGUGAAAAGCCAUCCAUUUUACCAGAAAAUGAACUGGGAGGAUCUAGCUGCUAAGAAGGUUCCGGCUCCGUUUAAGCCUGUAAUUCGUGAUGAACUGGAUGUUAGCAACUUUGCAGAGGAGUUUACAGAGAUGGACCCGACAUACUCCCCAGCGGCACUUCCAAACAACUGUGACCGCAUCUUCCAGGGCUAUUCCUUCAUGGCUCCCUCCAUCCUGUUUAAGAGGAAUGCGGUAAUGGACGACCCGGCUCAGCUGUGCGGCGGGUCAGAGAGGCCGGGCUCCGCAGCUGUUGCCCGUAGUGCUAUGAUGAAGGACUCUCCGUUCUACAUGAACUAUGAGAUGGACCUGAGGGAGAGCGCUCUGGGAGAGGGAAGCUUCUCCAUCUGCAGACAGUGCACUCACAAAAAGACUGGACAGAAAUACGCUGUAAAGAUUGUCAGUAAAAGAAUGGAGGCACAAACACAGAAAGAGAUCGCUGCUCUCAAACUGUGUGAUGGACAUCCCAACAUAGUCAAGCUACAUGAGAUCUACCAUGACCAGCUACACACAUAUCUUGUUCUGGAGCUCCUGCAAGGUGGAGAGCUGCUGGAGAGGAUCAGAAGGAAGCAGCACUUCAGUGAGACGGAGGCCAGCCGCAUCAUGCGCAGACUGGUGUCUGCCGUCAGUCACAUGCAUGACGUUGGUGUGGUGCACAGGGACCUCAAACCUGAGAAUUUGCUAUUCACUGACGACACUGAGAAUUCGGAAAUAAAAGUUAUUGACUUUGGCUUUGCACGGCUCAAACCCCCUGACAAUCAGCUCCUGAAGACCCCCUGUUUCACUCUUCAGUACGCUGCACCGGAAAUCCUCAAAUACAAUGGUUAUGAUGAGUCCUGCGACCUCUGGAGUUUAGGAGUCAUUUUGUACACCAUGCUAUCUGGCCAGGUCCCAUUUCAGUGCCAGGGGAAGAGUCUAAUGCACACCAGUGCAGAAGAGAUUAUGAGGAAGAUCAAACAAGGAGACUUCUCUUUCGAAGGUGAAGCCUGGAGGAAUGUGUCCAGUCAUGCUAAGGAUCUGAUACAAGAGCUGCUGACGGUGGAUCCUGACAAACGGAUAAAAAUGUGUGGCCUACGCUAUAAUGCCUGGCUGCAGGAUGACAGUCAGCUCUCCUCCAACCCUCUUAUGACCCCUGACAUCCUGGGAUCUUCUACCAAAUCAGUGCACACCUGUGUCAAAGCCACCUUCAAUGCCUUUAAUAAGUGUAAGCGGGAAGGCUUCCGACUCCAGACGGUUGACAAGGCUCCUUUGGCCAAACGCAGGAAGAUGAAGAAGACCAGCACCAGCACAGACACCCGCAGCAGCUCCAGCGAGAGCACGCACUCAUCAUCCUCUUCCUCCCAGUCUCAGGAUAAGACGCCACCAGGCGGAGAGACAGCCAUUAUCCCCCAGGCCUCCGUGAGCACACCUCUCACUCUGGGCCCUGACGAUGAGCCCUCCCAGGGUGAGCCCCAGCCUGCCUUCACCAUUACAGAGUGAACCUGUCUGAGAAACAAACAACAGGAUAGGUUACGUAAUUCUCCCACCAUUCGUUCUCCUCACGCUCUGGCAAGGUGUACAACUCCAGAAUUUGCAUGCGGGGACCAACUCAAAUCCACCACUAGCAAUAGAUGCACACCAUGAGCAUUGAAGAGAGAGCUUGAGUGAACUUCUGGUUCAAGUCCCGCAUGGCUAAAACUCACUGCAUCCAGUCCAGUGUCUCAAACAAGAGGGAGAACUUCACUUUGAGGAGCAACAAAUCCUUCCACUGAUGGAGAAAAGGAAAGUCUGCUUCUGCAGUGUCCGGACAGACCAGGCACUUUGCUUCAGGCAAAAAAGGAAAGGGAUAUGUAUUUUAAAAGAAUAUAAAUAUAAUUUAUUUAAGAGGAAAUUUAUUGUUUAUACAGACUUCUCUCAAAUUUGGUAUAUCAUAGAAUUCAGUAUAUAACAAAUUUGUAAAAAUGACAGCUCCAUUUGUGCUGGGAGCUUUGUGGUAUUGAUUCACAUAUCUAACUUAAAUCUUUGGCUUCUUCCAAAAGAUUUUACUGAAGUAGCAACAAUUAGGUGUAAUAGUUUCCGUGUGAACAUUUCAUUGCAAAACUCGUUAAUUACCCUUUGCAAGGUAAAAAAAGACGGUUUGUUUCAUAUUGACCUGUUAUUUGAAUUUUCUGUUGAGAUCCUUUCCUCAGGUUAUUUAUUUGUUCAUUUAAACUUGAACUCAUUUUUUAAGAAUUGAAGACAAAACCACUGGCUAAAGGUGCGGUCACAUUUACCUUUGCUCUAAGAAUUUUUGUGGGCGAAAUCUAGUUAUGUCACAAUUAGAAAUUUUGCAUAGGAGCGAAAGAUUUCCCCACGCAGAUUUUGCAUCAGGUUCAGUUUUUUCACACAAAUUUGAUACAUUGACCAACAAGAGGCUGCUUGGUUUGAAAGUGACUUCUGUGUGAGCAUUACUUUGUGCAUUGCUACAAUAUUGACAGUGGACAAUGGACAUUUUUUGGUUUAUCGCUGAAAUUGAGGUGUUGCUUUGGAUGUUGUUUUACUCGGAGACUUCGUCACUCAAGGUUUUAUGGCCGAGUACAAGUUUAAGCUGGGAUUGAAUCUGCUUAAACUCAACAUGAAAUCAAAUUUGACUCAUUUUUACAUUUUUAAUGCACCAGAUUAUUUUGUAAACUUGGCACAAACCAAAAUGUAAUUACUCUUUCUUCCUCUGCAAUGACUUUCUUUUUCCAGUGGCAUCACAAAGGCCUCUCAGGCUGUUGGAUAACGCUACCAAGUAGCUAAAUGGCUCUUUUGCCAUAGUUUUAGCAAACUCGCAUUCAAUCUGGCUCACAUUCAAUGUAAUGCCGCCUACUUUUUUUAAUGAUCCAAUCAGUGCAUCCAAGAAUGCCUCACAUGAGAGGAAGAAAUUGGGUUUUGAUUCAUGCUGACUUUAAGCGUCUGCAAAGCCUAAUGACACGCUUAUCUUACAAAAGAUAACCAUGACUGCAGGGCCUCAUUUUAGCCUGAAAUGAAGUGAUACGCCAGCUAAAAGACAUCUGUGGUUUCCUGUUUGAUGGUGGCAUGUUGUGUUUUUGGCCCUGUGUUAGAUGAAUUAUGCUUUAAGACGUGCUGCGGCAGAGUCUGUGGUGUUAAAAACGAUGUGCUUGCAUAUUUUCUUCUCAGCAUUAUCUGUUUCACAAGCCUUGGUGGUUUUGUGACACUAAGGUGCAGCGUUGCAGAACUCAAGUCGGAGUCUACCAUAUUUUCAGGAGCAUUUGGACUCAGCCUGGACUCUUGAGUCCAAAUCCAGUCUUGUCUGGACUUGAGUACUACACUCUUGAAAAUAAAAAGGAUUCCAAAAAGUUUUUUUUCUUUUUUUUUUUUCUUCAUUCUAUGGCAGCAAUGCCAUAGAUGAACCAUUUUGGUUUCUCCAAAGAACGUUUCAGUGAACAGUUGCUAAAAUAACAAGUCUGAAGAACCUUUUUCCUCUAUAAAGAAUUUUAGAAUGCAAAGGUUCCAUGGUUGUUAAAGGUUCCUCAAUGAACCAUUGAUGCCAAUAAAGAACCUUUAAUUUUAAGAGUGUACAACACUGCUGAGCUGAAUAUGUGGUUCUCUGUGUUUGUGUUUUCUAGCUGGUGGAGACAUUUUUACAGUUGAAAGGAAUGAUUUUCUCUUUGGCCUAUACGACCAUCUGUAUUAUUCAAAGCAUUUUGCUAGGAUGUUUGACAUGGUGUCAUUCAUAUCUUGCAAGCACUACAAAACUAUUUGAAAGGCACUUGAACUCUACAUUGCUAUGCAAAAGUUAUUUUCUUCAUUCUUAUGUUUCUGUUCGUAUCCUGAAAGAUCUUUAUGCAUUAGAAAAUAGUGAGUAUAAGCAGUGCCUCAUCAGGGCAAACAUAACUGCCAUUUUUAGGGACAGACGCAAGGUUCUGGUCUCUAAGUAAAUCAUGCAUUCCACUUCCUGGGCACUAACCGAGACGAGACAUCCCAUCAUUGAGCUUUUAAAUGGUGAGGGCUGGAUUGGGACCCAGCGGCGGGUACGCAUGCUGGAACGCACACACUCAAACACACAUAAACUGGUGCUCCUGCCCACUCGAACCCGGGCAAAGGACCAGAGCAAUAAGAACAGCAGGAGCUCGGCUCACUUUCAUGUGGCUGAAAGCUGCUGCGUUCAGCCUCUUCCCCAUCACUGUUCUCCCUGAAGCUCCCUCAUUACUGCCUCCUUUUGUUUGGGUGUAUUAAUAGAACGGGAAUGAGGGGAGGCAUAGAGAGUCCUACAUUGAACUCUCCUCUGGGAGUGAGGCUUUAUUAGAUGGUUUGCCUCGCUGCUGUUUGUCCCACUGGCUCCCUGCAUCUAAUCGCACAAACAUGGAGCUUAUUUUACGGUUUGAUAUGUUUUUAGGGGUUUUUCCUCUUGUUUUAGCUGUUAAGAGAUUAAGGACCAGACGUGGGUUUUCACGUUUUAGCAUUUAUAGAAGCAUAGUGAGCAUCGGCCCUUAAACUGAACGCUCUCCUUUGAUCUGUGCACUCCGUUUUUGUUGGCCUAUUUUAGUGUUUGUAAAUCGUGUUGUCUGCUUGUGAAAUGUA